GAGUGGUAUUAGAUCAAGGUGUGAGAAGUGCUGAGUGAGCUCCCUCACUCCGGCCGAAGGAGGACUGUCUGGGUCUCCUGGUUCACCCUUGACCACCAGUGCACGACUCUACACCUGUUUCGACUGGGGGCCACCGGUUAACGGAGCGACAUUAUUGCCCUUUGGGUCAUUACUGUCGUUUGGCAGUCCUCUUCAACAGCCAGCUUCCGAAGCCUGGCACCUUUUAUCGUCUAGGGGUCUCGGGGAAAUUUUUCUUUUUGCGUUUUGUGGCUGGUUCUUCCUUGGUGUCCGACACCAGCUUAGCUGGGACUUGGGCUCCUGGUGUGCCCUCGAGGGUGGUGGGUGGCUAUAGACUGUUUUCCAGUUGGCCUCCUGUGUUGGGUGGGUAUUGGCUCUCAUCACUUCAGGGCUUCAGGGGAACUCCUGUGUCACCGAGCGUCCACUGUGUGGUGUAUUUAUCUGCCAUAUGUCGCAGCAGUUUUUUUUUUUUUUGCCAUCUGUCAGUGUAUAGUUUAGCCUUCGGACUUCAGAGUUUUUUCCAACUCACGGGAAUGUCGGGGUGCAUAUUGCCCUGUAUUGUAGCCACCUCUAACCCUACAACAACAAGGAUUGUCUGCACUAAUGUGAACAAUGUGCAGUAAUCCAAAUCACAGGCAACAGUGCAGGCACAGGAAAAACAAUCUCCGUGUGAAAUACACAUAACACACAAAGCGUCUGCGGAAGUGAUUUUCCCAGGCAAAUCAGUAAAGAUGAAUAAUCAGUAUAUUGGGAAGAUCAUAGUUGCACCAAUGGUAAGGGUUUGUACCUUGCCAUUCAGGUUAUUAGCAAUUGACUAUGGCACAGACCUAGUGUACACAGAGGAGACCGUUGAUUUCAAAAUGCUGCGUUCUAUUAGGAGAGAAAACAGCGAGUUGGGUACAGUAGACUUCAUUGACAAGUCAGAUGGAACAGUUUUCUUCCGUACCUGUGAGAGAGAACGAACAAAAGUUAUUUUUCAAAUUGGAACGAGUGAUGCACAGAGAGCUCUCAAAGUUGGCAAGAUGGUUGAACCGUAUGUGGCUGGCUUAGAUGUGAACAUGGGGUGCCCAAAGGAAUUCAGCAUUAAGGGUGGCAUGGGAGCAGCUCUCCUUACUCAGCCAGAGAAGGUUAAAUCAAUACUCACCACUCUUGUUCAAGGCCUUAGCAUCCCAGUAACUUGCAAGAUUCGUCUUCUAAAAACUUUACCAGACACAAUAAAUUUGUGUAAAGUUAUUGAGCAAUGUGGGGUAGCUGCUAUUGCUAUCCAUGGCCGCACUAAGGAGGAGAGACCCAACCAUCCCAAUCAUAAUGACAUGAUCAGAGAAAUUGCUAAUGUUCUUGCCAUCCCAGUUAUUGCAAAUGGUGGGUCAAAGGAGAUAAAAUGUCAUGAGGACAUUGACAAAUUUCGACGAGAGACAGGAGCAUCGAGCGUGAUGAUUGCACGGACUGCCAUGUGGAACUGUUCUAUACUUAGACCUGAAGGCCUGCUUCCACUUGACACAGUGGCUGAGGCAUACCUGAGAUACUGCAUAGAUUAUGAUAAUCCAUUCACCUACAGCAAGUACACUGUUCAGAAUAUGCUGCGGGACCUUCAGGAUACUCCUCGAGGCAAGGCUUUCCUGGAAACACAGACUCUACAGGAGAUAACUGUCAUCUGGGGCCUGGGCGAAUACUUCAAGUUACAACUUGAUAAACAGAAUAAAUCUCAUAAUUGUUUGACUUUCGAACACAAGAAUGGUAAGACAGCCAUGCCUCCUAGUGCAGACCAUGUCAACAUUGUGGAGAGAGAAGAAAAUGGCCAGAAGAUUGUUGAGAUGCCUAUACAGUUUAUACGAGGAAAUUUUAAUAAUGCUGAUCUUCCUAAAAUGCUUUUAAAUACACAUGUGUUCCGUAACCAGUUAUCUGGGCCUCACUAUGAUCAUGUUGUUGUGGAUAAAUUCUUCUCUGCUUCAGUAGUUGUGAAUGGCAUCAAGUACGCUUCAACACUCAGGGAAAAGAGCAAAAGAUACUCUGAACAGGGAGCAGCAGCAGUUUGUCUGCAUGCCUUAGGGGCAGUCGGCAAAUCUUACGGUUUUGUGCCUGCUGAUGGUGCAAGAAAAUAUCAGUAUGUAGUGAAUAAAGUUAAAUGUGAGAGGGAGAAAAAUGCCAAGAGAGAGAGUGCAGAAAAUGAUGAUCCUGAAGCAGAGAAUGAGGGUGCAACAGACUCAAAGAAAAGAAAAUCUGAUACCAGUGUUUUGGAUAAUACCUUUAAAAUAAAUCAGAGAGAGACAGAGGAGUGUGAUAAUCUGAAAAGACCUUUAAAAUGAAGUAUGUUAUACCUAGUAAUAAAUGCUUACAAAUAUUUAUAACAUUGAAAUUGUCAUUUAAUUGAAAUGUUUUUAGCUUUAUAGUGUUAAACUGUAGUGUAACAUUUUAAUACAAUAGACACCGGUUAAUUUAACAUCCAUAGUUCAAACUUUUUUUCAGUGUACUGUACUAUACUGUUUUUAAUUCAAAAUGGCCUUCCAAUGUGCAAACAUUUAUUUUGUAAUGUCCAUAUUGUCCACAUAUUGUCCUUACUCAGCCACUUGUUAGGCUUUGGUGCAUGUUCACACUAGGCUUGUUGCUUCAGUUUUAUGCCUUGAAUGUUGUGUGCUUUAUACUCGGGUCUGCAAGACGGUUCUUUCAUUCUGAGGUACAGUAAAGCAGAUCUUAGUAAUAUUAUUAUGAAAAUAACAAAAUUAUGCGUGAUAUGAGGAAUGAAUUUAGAAUAAAGGAUGAAAUAGUUAUGGAAAAAUGUGGUGUGUAGAAGUCUAUAAAUUGCAACAUUGAUUAGUGUACCGAUAUGCUUUUGCUAUGUUGAAAUAUAGGAUGAUGAAAGAUGGCUAGUGUAUGUGUGUGUGCUGGAGUAUAUUGAAGUAUAUUACCAGAAAGGCAAGAUGACCAAGCAUAAUUUAUAUGUAAGGAAGCAGUGUAUGUGUGUAAACAGCACUCCAGAAAUGGUUGAGAAUAAGGCUAGGUGGCAAUAGUUUGUGAAGAGGUAGGAAGUGUUCGAUAUGUUUAUGUAUGACAAUUCACGAGGAGCAUUGUACAUCUCGUCUCAUCAAGCAGUGAAGUACUGUGCUACUGUGGAUGAUUUGUGGUGAUGCUGGUUCUCCAUGAUAUAUAACCCAUCUACCUAAAAUAGUAGUACUUGCAGUAACCAUUUGGUUGAGGGUACAAAAAAUGGAGUGUUGUAGCAAACAGUGCUCAUGUGUUUGUACUACUGUAUUAAUUUUGUAAAUAGAACAAAUAAAAACCUAAUUUUAACAUUCCUAGUAUAGCAUAUAUGUACUGUACUAUACUGGGCCUAAGAUGGCAUAUAUUAUGCCUUGGAUAAGUUAGAUUAGGGUCUUCAGUUACUUUUCAAUUUUUGUACUAUGUCAUUUGGGUAACUUAGUACGUAACACAAAAUUAACUUUUCUGGGCCCAACAGUCCAUUUUUGUACAUUCAACCAAAUAGUUGCUAUAAGUACUUCCAUUUUAAGAGGAAGGACUGUGAUAUAUUGUGUUUAACCACUACAGUGUGCAACGAGCCUUGAGGCGCUCAAUCAGUGGUGCGCAACGCGCCUCAGGGCUUUCAUAGGUAUAUUGUACGAUUCAAAAGCGGCGCGCAGUGACGCAGGUACGAAAUGGAUUCUUGGGGUCUUCUGUGAUUGUUAAAGUUUUGUCCCACAAAUUCCAACAUUUGAUAAUACCGAUGUUGGUGUGACACCCUUAUUCCCCAAUACUGGUAAUGAUAUGGUUGAAAUUUAUUAUUUUAUGGCAUAUUUUGAUAAGGAAUUCAUGGACCAUCUCAUUGCAGAGAUGAACAGAUACGCUCAUGGCCUUAUUGACGCUGGCAUUUUACCUGCCUCUCGCAUAACACGUUAGAGAGACAUGACAAAUGAGGAAAUGUAUUUGUUUUUAGCAUUGUGCAUGAUGAUAAGGCAUGCAGAUAAACACAUUAUCCAGGAUUAUUGGAGCAAAGACAGCCUUGUUCAAAAAACCCCACCGGUGUUCAACAGGUACAUGUCACGUAAUAAGUUCCUGCUGCUUCUCAGGUGCCUGGACUAAUAUGAGUGAUGCCUUAAUGGUAUGAGUGAAAAGUUCCGUGACUAUUUUGUACCAGCACAGAAUGUCGUGACUGAUCAAUCGCUAGUCCUCUUCAAGGGACGACUGGCGUUCAAGCAGUACAUUCCAUCAAAGCAGUACCAGUUUGGACUCAUUUUUUCACACUAUACGACUGCAAAACUGUUAUUGUCAUGAACAUGAUACUGUAUUUAGGUACAAACAUUGACAUAACAGGUCAAGAUCCCCCACAGGUUCUCAGGCAGUGUCGUGAAAACACUCAUGGAACUGUUGCUGAAUAAGGGGCUUAUCCUGUUCAUGGACAACUAUACCAGCCCCUUGCUGACUAGAUUCCCCCUUGACCACAACACCGGCGUAUGUGGCACUGUCAAGGCCCACAGGAGGGAAAUGCCAGUGUUUGGCAUUGCAGUGGAUGAUUGCCAGCUGCAAAAGUGUGAACGAAUGUUAUCAGUGCACUGGAGGGACAGACGCGAGGUGAAUAUGUUGACAACUUUUCAUACUGGUGCCAUGUUGGACAGUGGCAAACUGAAUUUUACAACAAGGUUGCCAAUGUAUAAACCUGAUUAUGUCAUUGACUACAACGUAAAUAUGUGGCUAGUUGAUAAAUGUGACGUGAAGGUUGGUGCCGUUGAGUGCGUGCAAAAAUCCGUGAAGUGGACGAAGAAAUUCUUUUUCCACCUCAUUGACGUUGCAGUGCUGACCUGUUUCAACAUGUAUCUCGUGAAAUCUGGCAAGAGACCCCCAAUAUGUACUGUACAUUGUGUUGCUCUAGUGUCACAACUUUUCGUGAAGUAUGGGGUGGAGGGUUGUGUUGCAACGUGUGGGGUGCCAGUAACAAUGUCUCGCGCAGUUCCUGACAGACUCAGGAGUAAAGAACAUCUUGCUGUACACAAGCUUGGUUAUAUGCCCAACCCGUCCUCUUAAAAAUAAUGCCGCUUUUCGCUUGUAUGCGAGCUAUGGCCACAAAUGGACGUAAUUUAAAAUGAAAUCGGUUCACAAAAGUGAUGUACUGUCCAGUUUUCUGUUUGAGUCCUCCGGCUUACUCAGAAAGGUUAGGAGAAGAAACUUUCAAUUAAUAUUUUUCAUGACGUUU